AUGUUCGAUGAUAAUAAUGAUGACAAUGCAACCAACAGUUUUUUUAAUCCACGAUAUCGUGCACAAUCAGCUGCACAUCUACUUCCACCUGACUCUGCUACUACUACUGCAACAAAUUCACCAAAACAAGAUCGAUCAAUAAUGUCUUCAUCAGACUCAUCACCAUCAUCUUCAUUCGCUACAACCAAUAGUCCAAAAACAAAUUUAUCUUCCUUUCUUAAAGUAUCAUCACCAACACGUAAACCAAAUAAUUCAUCACCUUCCGACGAACAAUUUGUUAUGACUAUAAUCAGAAGUCCAUCAACAAGUUCUCAACGUAUACUACCAACAAAUGAACCUGUAGGAACGACAGUUGUGAAUGAAGAAUUAGCAAAUAGUAAUAAUAAAUUCCUUAAAAGUAAAGUAACAGCAGCACUCAAUCAUAUGAAAUACCGUUGGGUUGUGAAGAUGCGACCUAAUUUUCGUACUAAUGAAACACCAAUAUAUUUACUUGGUAAAAAAUAUAAUGGCAGAGAAGAAACAACAUAUGAUGAUAUUCCACGACCACAUUCCGAUCAAUCUUAUACAAAUUUUUUAAAAUCAUUUUCACAACGAAUAUAUUUUUCUUAUCGAAAACAAUUUGAACCAUUAAUAGGUUCACGUAAUGGCGAUGUAAUUACUUCCGAUGGUGGUUGGGGUUGUAUGAUACGUUGUGCACAAAUGUUACUUGCUCAAACAUUACUUAUACAUUUGACAAGUGCAUUUAAUUCAUCGUAUUCAAAUAUUCAAAUAUCGGAUAAAUGUCCAAAACGAAAUUCCAUUGAAUAUGCAAAACAUGCAAAUAGAGUAAAUAGACAUGCACAAAUGUAUAAAGAUAUAAUUCGAUUAUUCGGAGAUAUACCACAUGUUAAAUGUCCAUUUGGAAUUCAUAAAAUUGUUGAACUUGGUACAUUACAUGGUAUCCGACCUGGUGAUUUCUUUGGACCAGUGAGUGCUGCUCAUUGUCUUAAAGAAGCUGUACAAAUUGCUAUUGAAGCUAAGCAAAUACCUGAACUACUUCGUAUUUAUAUUAGUCAAGAUGCUAUUAUAUAUCGACAAGAUGUUAUUGAUCUAUGCAGUACAUCAUUAUCUAAUAAUAAUAAUAAUUCGAAUUUAAAUAAAAAAAAUACUCUUUAUCCAUCACUUGAUUCCGCUACAACAACAACAGAUAAUAAUUCUUCACGUUGGUCAACAUCUGUACUUAUUCUUGUACCAUUAAGAUUAGGUUUAAAUGAACUUGAUUUAAUCUAUGAAUAUUAUUUAAAAGAAGCCCUUCAACUUCCACAAACAGUCGGUAUUAUUGGUGGUAGCCCACGUCAUGCUGUAUAUAUCGUUGGUUAUCAAGAUGAUAAUUUUAUUGAUCUUGAUCCACAUUUUAUUCAAUCGACAGUGAAUGUACUUGACAAUACAUUUGAUACAUCCAGUUAUUCAUGUUCAUCACCAAAGAAAUUAUCAACCAAAAAAAUGGAUCCAAGUUGUACAUUAGGAUUUUAUUGUCGAGAUAAAGCUGAUUUUGAAAUGUUCUGUGCACAAUGGAAUCAUAUAUGUCAUAUGGCAUCGGAUGAUCGACGUACAUGUCCAAUAUUUCGUAUAGAACGUGGAACAUUUCAAGAAACUCAUAAACGUGUACUUAAUUAUGAAUAUCCAUCUUUAAAUGAAGAUGAAGAUGUUUUUCUUCGUGUAACUAAAUUAUCAUCAGCAAAUGCAUCACCAUCAUCAAUCAGCAAAAGAAUUUCUAAUAAUGGAAAAAAUUUUCUUAUUAAUUCAUCACCAGUUACAUAUCGUGACUCAUGGGAUGAUGCUGGUCUAUCAUUAAAUAAUGAUAAUUCAAGUGGUCGAGUACAUUCUCUUUCGGAUGAUUAUGUGUUUUUAUAA